AUGCUACUACCUGAAACCUUUCUGAAAGAACUAGACCCUAAUCAUACUGCUAAUGUAAAGAGGGAUGUAACUAUAAAUGAUUAUUUCAUCGCAAAUGACGCUAAUAGCGAUGACCCUACAUUUACAUUGGAUUUAUCAAGUUUACAAGCUUUACUAGAUAAUAUGCAAACUAAGCAUGAAUCUGAAGCCACUGAAGGUACUACAAAUAUAUAUAUCAAACAAAAUAAUGAGACCACCCAUUCAUAUAUAUUUCCCCCUUCUUUUGUUUUGCUAGCAAUAUUUGGAUUUUUAGUUAUUGUAUUUAUAUCCUCGUAUUUUAAAUCAAUAGAAGAAGAAGAAUAUGAACAAGAUGACGAUUAUGACUAUGAUGAUGACGAAGAAGAAGAAGAUGCAGAAUUAAUGAGAAAUACUCGUGCCAAUAAAUACUUGCGUCUAAUUAAAAUGCAAAGAAAAUAUUGUCCUAAUGAAGACGGAUUCCUAUUGAAUGGAGAUUUCAACCAUCCAAGUAUAUUAAGAAUGACUGAUCCAAAAUUAAGAGAUAAAAGAUUUAAGAAAUUGUCGGUAUUUGAAAAGCAACUGUAUAAUCAUUGUACUGAAUUCCAAUCGAAAUUUGGUCCAAGUUUAAAAGAAUUUGGUUCUACUUUGUCAUAUGCAGAUCUGAUAAAAAUUAGAGAUCGUGGUCUAGAGAGUUAUUUUUUUCUACCCAGCGUUAAUGAUAAUAUUGAUGAAAUGGGAAAUUUUAACCCAAGUUUUCUCAUUAAUGACAAAUUAAAUGUAUCAUUCACAAAAUAUAACAGAUCAUCUUCUACCAUUUUGAAUUACCCUGUACCCUUUAAUAAUAAAAAGGUUGUUUAUUUCGAAGUCAAAAUUUAUAAGUUCCCUAAAGAUUCGAACACAAUAUUUAGCAUUGGACUAAUGACAUCUCCAUAUCCUUAUUUCAUGAUUCCAGGGAGAGCAAACUAUUCAAUUGGUUAUGAAUCAACUGGUAAAUUAUUUAGAAAUAAUCCACUUGGCGACUCUAGUAAGAUCUUACCAGAGUUGCAAGAAGGUGAUACUGUAGGGUUUGGUUUCAAAUAUUCAACAGGUACUAUUUUUAUAACUCAUAAUGGUAAUAAAGUUCUAGAUGUGGCAGAAAAUAUUAAUUUGGACCUAUACAUCGGUAUUGGUGCAAUCAACACAACUUUAUUUUCCUCUGUAACAUCUAAUCAAUUCUCAGUUUCAAAAGAGAAAAAAAUUGAACUAGACAAUGAAAGUAGCAGUAGUGAGAGUCUAAUAGAUAGAAUACCGAUUAGUAAGAAUAAAAAAAAUCCAAGCUUUAUAUCGUCAUCCGAUGUGGUUCAAUUACAUCUAAAUAUUGGCCAACGUGGAUAUGUUUAUCCAAAGGCAAAUGCAAAAAAGUAUUCUUUCGGUAGUAAGCAUGGAGAAAUUGGUGCUCCACCAAAUUAUGAUGACGCUCUAACGGGACAUGAUAGACUAAUAAACGUUUGUGGGAGUAAUAGCAAUUAUUCUACACUACCAAGCACAGAUGCAAUCAGAAACAUUCCAUUGCCACCAAGAUAUUCAAUGGAAAAUUUCGAAUUAAAUACGCUAUCUUGUAUAGAUCAUGAUGAAAUUGAAAACGAUAAUGACACAACUACUAUUGUUGGACAGGAUUAUGAAGAUACACAUAACAAUGAUUCCGUAUCAAAUGACGUAUACAUAGGCUGUAGUUCUACUCAACCAUCCAUUGAUAAUGAUAUUGAUGAGGUAAAUGAAAAUAUUAUUAAUGAUUGUUCCUCGCAAGAGACUUGCAUUGACGAUACAAGAAAUGAAGAGCAGGAUUAUCAUAAAUUACGGCAUGGAAGUAACUUAUCAGAUGAAUACCUGCUAAACCAAUCUUCUGUAGAAAGUGUUAAUAUCAAUGGUUUAGAUGGCCCAAUUGAGGAGAGAAGUCUGCUGGAUUUACCAUCUGAUACUUUGUUACCCCAGUUAAUUAAUGAAGAAAUUGAAACUGAAACGAAAAAAAAGAAAAUCAAAAAAAGCAAGAAAUAA